UCCUGAAUCACCUCAAUCAAUCGACGUCGAAAGAAAAAUAGACAAUCAUUAUUGUUAUUGAUUCUUGAGAGCGUUCAUUUAUUUGUUUGUGGCGUUUUGUUCCCUGCAUUUAUCUCGAGUCGAUCGAACCAUCGCAUCCUCUCUCCGCAUUCCACCACCUGAAACAACAACAACAACAAUGAAGGGAACACGAAGUCUUGGUCAGCUCUUGACCAUUUCCCUCGCCUUGGCCCCUAUAGCAUCUGCCUGGCCAGGUUGGCUUCCGGAUUUAGAUACCCUCGUUGUCCGACAAGAUGAUAGCUCGUCGACACAACAAGUCGAUGCCACAUCCACAGCCACAACCGAUGCUGCUACGUCGACUGAUGCGACUGAUAGUUCAACCGAUCAAGCCACUAGCACCGCCAACAGCAAAGACCCGCAGACGACGAACCUUAACACGGCCAAGAUAACUUCAACUGGCACGGGCACGGGCUCUAGCGGGAGCACGGCUACCGGUAACAGCACUACUACCCGCUCAACCUUCGAUGCGCAAGAUGGAGCUGGCGGCGUUGCCAUGAUCACGCCUGCCACUACUGCAGGAACGACGCUCUACAGAAUUGGAGACACGACCCCAAUUACCUGGGUUUGGAAUUACACCUCUCUCCAAGCGUCGCCGACCGCUAUCGACGUCCUUGUAUCGUGCUCCACGGCUUCGGCUACCUGGACCUUGACUCAGAACAUGACUUUUGAGCCGACUGCCACAUUCAAGUGGGAUACUAAGAACUACUCAGAGAGUGCUGUAGCCAGCCCGUUACUAGUUGCCAUGUACACACUCCUUGUCCACGAUUCCGACUCAUCUCAGGACGCUACCGCCGAAGCCGGUUACCUUGCCCCGUAUGACGGUUUCACGUUCGGUCUGUACACAUCCCGGCCGUACCAAGAUCUCGGCGAGUGGAAGUGCGCGACGUGCAGUGGUGCUUUAGGAGAAGCCGACCGCCAAGCCUUAGGUUUUGCCGUUACGAUGAGCCUCAUCACCAUCCUUAGCUUCACGUGGUAUGUGACAGGAUUCGCUACGUUGCUGUAGUCGCAAUUCAUUACAUCCUUCAGGUAUUCGAGCAGUAUAUGAGGAGACGGUUAUUUUCUGAAUGCACAUAUUUUGGAGAUACGAGACAGCAUCUUAAUGGACAACUAUUUAAACACGGUAAUCUGGGAUUCAGGAUAUAACAUCAUGUAGUGGCGUUUUUUGAAAUGCGUUUGCAAGGGCUGAGGUGGGAGGGAUGCGUUCUUCUGGCAACGGAUCGAAAAUGGCGACAACUUAUU